AUGUCCGCGAUUCCCUGUGCCAAGUAUUGUUUUCAUUCAUCAAAAUAUGUUUCUGCAGUUGCCCCAGGUGACAGAGCAUUACAAACAGGUGACUUUGAUACAGCAGAACGGAUAUUUGCACAGACUUUGAAGGCAGCAAUCCGCGAUAACGAUGUUUGUUUACAAGGCCUCUGUCUGCAAAGUAUGGGAGAUGUCUACCUGCGAAGGACAGUCAAACGGGCCCCAAACAGAAGACGUCACUUCACCAAGGCAGCAGCGCUGUACAACGCAGCACUGACCUGGGCACCGGGAGAUGACCACUGGAGAGAUGUCAUGGUUCACAGAAUCAAGUAUGUCGAGAAAUGUUUCCUUUCUUGGGUGCGGGGCCAGCGGUGUCAGGUUUCACUUCCUUAUAGUAAUGACCUUCGCCAUAAAGCUCGGCUCAAAAAGAUCCGAGAGGAGUGCAAAGUGCUGUUGGGUUGUGCUGAGAAGAUUUGUGAUUUCAAAGGUGACCCCAUGGAAUCCAGUGAGGUCAAGGACAAAGAAACAAACUGGGUGGCAGCCGUGCGCUCUUUGUUCCAUGCCACAGCAGGAAGAAUGAAAGACUUUGUAAGGCAGCUGUUAGCAGAAUGUAGGGAGACCUUGGGGCAGCCACCCUGUAAGUACGCCAUUAUAGGCUUGGGGUCCAUGGCUAGGGAAGAAAUGACACCGUAUUCUGAUUUCGAAUUCGCAAUACUGCUGGAAAAAGACAGAGCAACGGAGCAGCAUAAAAGGUAUUUCCGUAACCUAACAUCACUGCUUCAUCUGAAAGUGAUCAAUCUCGGUGAAACAAUCCUCCCUUCAAUGGCAAUCAGGUCACUGAACAACUACUACUCAAGCGAGGUAGAAGAUAACUGGCUUUAUGACUGGAAAACGCCCAGAGGGUUUGCUUUCGACGGGGCCAUGCCUUCUGCAAGCAAAACGCCUUUGGGAAGAGAGGCGGUCGAUGGAAAGGCUGCUGCAGAACUCAUCAUGACUCCGUCAGAGAUGGCCUCUAUUCAAGAGAAGCAAGCAUUGGCUGGUGAGGAUGACCACUUGUCUGAUAUCCUCUCCACUGUCACGUGGGUAGACGGAGACAAGAGCCUGGUGGAAGAGUAUCAAGAAAGAAUUCACGUCACUACAUCAAACUCGGCUGCGAUUCAUAAGGCAUUGUCCACCCUCUUUGAAGAUGCUAAGAAGUAUCGAGAAGACAUCAUAAUUCCUCUCUCAAUACCUGGAUUCCAAUACGACGUGAAGAAAGAGAUCUACCGUUUCCCAACUUUGACAAUCAACAAUCUCGGACUCUGCUUCAAAUCGAAGAGAAACAUUCCCUGGGAUGUCAUUGAUGCGCUGAGAGACAGUAAGUGUAUCUCAGAGACGGGGGCACACAACUUGAGAGUAGCAAUCAGCAUAGCCACCUUCUUACGGCUGCAAACAUAUCUGGCACACGGGAAGCAAAAGGAAGGAGUAACUACCCUCCCCGUUCUACAAGAAAGUGAGCAAGGAAUCGAUGAUCAAAACCUGCCACACAAACUACCAGGCUGUCGUCUACUGAUGCGUUUCUACCAGACCAACAUACCUUUGCAGAUUUAUCUUUUUGUAGCUGCUACCAUGAGUGGUAGCAUUCCUUCCACCAUUGGAGAAAGAGAAGUACAAUCACAGCUUAUCCAACAAUUUCUUUCAGAACAUAAAAGUUCGAAUUCGGCGGAAAGAACUACACACGAGGGAUCAAUGAAAACCUGUUCACCUUCACUGUUAGAAAAUCUGGUGUCACUUGUCAAAACUGUUAAAAAUCCAUGUAAGCCAUCGACAUUUUCACAAUUACAGUCAGACAACGGUCAUAGGGACCGAAAAUCAGAACGACCACAAUUAAGCUUGCACACAGAAGAAGCGCUUUGCCCUACAAGUCGGCCUGAAGACGUGGAGAAGUCACACGCACGACACAUUUUGAGUAUUAGGUCAGUGUUGACAACAUUUCAGGACAGGCUUCCUGGAGACGUGUCAGAGCUUAUGGGGAGAGAUGACGACUUCUUCUGUAACAGUGACUUACUGAGGGGACUGGUUCAUUUCAGACUCAUGCAGUGUCAGGAAGCAGAGCCCCUCCUCAGGGCUGCAUACCACAAGAAACCAAACAGGCUGCCACACUGUUACCUCUGGACUCUACAAAGCCUUGGGAAAUAUGCUGAAGCACUGAAAGUAACGGAGGAAUCAGCAAAACUUAGUCAGCUGUCUCAAGAUGGUUACCAUUCAUUGGCCCAUUUGUACAUUCGCAUUGGUCAGUUUCACAAGGCUCGCGAGCUCUGCUUAAAAGCUUUGGACAUGGAACCUGAAUUUGAUACAAAACUAUCGGAAAUUUUGAUAAAGCUACGACUUGCCGAAAUCUCUAUUCACCUUCAAGAAUACAGGAGAGCAGAAGAGCUUGCAGUUUGGAUAGAACAACUGAAGACUGACGAAGAACAGCUUAAAAGUAAACCCUUGGGAACUACGGUUUUGAAUAUCAGAUUUAACUUGGGUAUAUUGUUCUCCUCAUUGGGUCAGAUGGACAAAGCCUACUUCUGGCACAAAAGUACUGUAGAAAUGUGCAACAAGAUCUUUGGCAUGAAUGUGGCUCACCGCAUCACGGCGUCAUGUUUUCGGGAGCUGGCUCGUAUCACAUGUCGCCGUAACGACUACAGCACAGCCCUUUGGUAUGCAGAUUUGUCCCUGAAGAUGACACAGAACGUGUACAGUGGCACUUAUCAUCCUGAUGUCGUCAAGAGUUUAAACGUUUUGUUUGAGAUUCGUCUGGGGCAAGACGACAAUGAGCAAGCCAUGCAGAUAGCUGAAGAGGCACUAGAACUAGCUCUAAAGACAAGUGGCAUGAAUAGGAAAAACCUUUCCCAGGUAUAUACCAACUUAGGAAAGGUGAGCAGUAGUAGUGGGUCCCAUUCCAAAGCUAUCCGAUGCCUCGAGAAGGCACUGCGCAUUGACCAAGAACUUUAUCAAAACAAACCCUCGGGAGACAUAGCGGUCAGCCUGGGAGACUUGGGUAUCGCCUAUUGGAAAGCAGGGAACUAUGCAAUGGCAUCAAGAUACCUGCAAGAAGCACUACACAUGCAAAAGAACCUAUAUGGAAAUGACACUCCCAUGUUUAACACUGCUAUAUAUCUCCGCUUUUUGGGUUACAUAAAAAAGGACAUGGGUGAUCACGCUGAAGCUGUACAGUAUCUUGAGAAGUCUCUGUCUAUGAUGAAAGUGGUUUUUGGUGGUCAUGUGACCAACACAAUGGUUGACAUUAUUGAAACACUUCAGGAGCUUGGGUGGAUGCUAAAAUGAACAGCUUCAAAGUAGAUAUUAGCGGAAGAUUAUUCAUGAAAACUCCUAGUGUAUGAACUUCGUAUCUUAAAACGUUAGAGAUGGUUUUGUUGUUGUGGCGACUCCUCUCCACUACAUCUUCCAUGUAUUUACUUUACUAUAUAUUCUCAAUUUAAUGGUAAGGGUAUUUAGUUGUAUGGUAUAUGAAUUAGUACUUAAUAAGUAAUUGCACAUAACUGGUCCAUGUAGAUUAGACCAUAACCUUUUGUCAUAUUUUUAUAUAGCAGAUUGAAGCAAGCAAGGGAGUGGCUGGCUGCUGAGUCCUAAUAAUAACUAAAGGUUUCAAUAUAAUCCUUAUAAUAAUAAUUAUUGUAUAAUAAUAACCAUACCUCUAGCCACCAAUGUUAACAGUUGUUUGGGGAUCAAACCUAACGCUUGUACAGCAUCAAGCAUAAACCUUCAACCUCCUAAGGUAGCCAUCUGGCACCCAAUUUGUAUGGACUAUGGGGUUAGGCAGGAGGGAGGAGGUUAAUCAUGUUAUAUGGGACAAUGAACGACCAGACAAUGUAAUUAUGCCACACAUGUAUUGCAGUUUGCAUAUGAUAGCACCAUUAAUGAAACAAUGUUAUGCAUUGUUUGCCAGAUCUGUGUUAAUUACAUAUGUCAGUUCAGUUGCAUUACAGUAAUAACAGUUAAUCUGCUUUACUGAAAUGUUACUGAAAUGAAACUGUCAGUAGCUAAUCAGUUGCUGACAGUCACAUUUCAGUACUGGUAAUCUGUUAAGGGUAAUGUUAUGAUACUGUAGCAACAACCACAUCAAUACUGUUACAUAAACAUGAAUGAUAUACAGUAGCAGCAAACAACUGCUUAAAGCUCAAGCCUUUUCAAUUUUGAGCUAAUGUUCAGAUUUCAGAGCCUUUGUUGGCUUGACUAUUUAUAUAUUGUCCAAAGAAUUUAACACCUGUAGGGUAACAGUUAAACUACAGAGUAUACAUGUCAAAAGAGCUUAAACCUACUUUGAUUUUUUUUCAAGGCACAGGUAUGCUUAUUGCCUGACAAGUUAACCUUAAGCCAGCUAUGGUAUCCUUUUUUUCCACUAGAUGUUUUUGUUACCAUUUUAGGCAGCAGGGAGUUUGAAAUUCUUUUUGAGCACCUGCAUAGUACAAAUAGUACAAAUAUAUAUAUAUUUAGCUCUGUCUCUAAAAAAUUAGCACAUAGUUUAUGAUAGUAAAUGUUUCAUCUUACAGAGUUUAGAGGGCUAAAAAUAAAACUUCCCCAGAAAAUUUGUUAUCAUGAUGGUAUUUACAAGUAAAAAGUUAUCACAUAAAUGUCAAUGUUUAGCACAUACCAAUACUGAUAAUGAUGAGCCACAGUACUAGAAUUUAAAUAAGAAUGAAUCAACAUGUUACAGUUACUUUCUAAUAUUACAUUUGCAAGUGUUCAAAGGUAACAUUAGUGUCGUAUUAUAUUGUACAGUAAUUACAUUUUUGAUUAAACAAUAUUCACAUUACAAAUAAAAAAGGAACAAUGAUUAUUAAUUUAUAAUAAAAGCGUUAGUUGAUACUUUACAACUCACACAAUAUAAUUCUCUUUAACCUUACUCGAGGACUCUUAAAAUCACAAUUUGAAAGGUAAAAUGCUACAACAUGAUUCAGAAUUCUUUUAUAAAUCUUUCAGUACACUUUAUACAAAAUAAGCAGCUCAUUUGAACCUGAGAAUUAAUGAAAACAGCUUCUACCUUCUACCUUGAAUAGUGGGACUCCUAUGUCUUUUGUCUUAGGAAAAGAUCAGUGUUUUCAGACACUGUCUGUUGUAAAGAAUGUAACUUUCAAAUGUUUUUCUAGCUGCAUUGUAGCCUCCUGUGCAGGCUUUCCAGCGGCUAGCCUUUAUUUCUACAAGCACAGCUAGAGUGCAGCAGUUU